AAGACACGGAAUGUCUGUAGACAAGAAAUUUCUGCGAUGUUUAUAUGUAUUUGAGGUUAUGUUUACCAUUGUUUUUUAUUAGUAAAUAAAUCAACUAGUUAAUACUCAUAAUUUGUAAUUAAUAAUAUAACAGAAAUAAAAAUGCCUAAAGUAGUGUCAAGAAGUAUUAUUUGUUCUGACACAAAAGAUCAAGAAGAAUAUAGUGAAGAAAAACCAUUACAUAUUUACUAUUGUUUAUGUGGACAAAUGACAUUAAUUUUAGAUUGUUCCAUAGAAAAAUUACCAUUGAGAAAACGGGAUGGUGCUCGAGUAAUUGAUGGUACCAAACAUGCUCAUAAGAUGACCUGUGAACCUGAUGAAAUUGUUUAUCUAAAACGUCAAGAAGGAAUCGAAAAACAACAUCGUCAAAAAUGCAAAAAAUGUGGAUUAUUAUUGUAUUACAAGCAUGAUCCUUUUGCAAAUAUUGUUUUCAUCGUUAAGGGUGCAGUAAUUAAAAGUUCUGGAGAAGGACCAAUUAGUGAUAUUUAUAACCAAGUUGCCGUUGAAAAACCAAAGAAAAUAAUGGUCACAAAACACACUAAAAAUAUGGGUAAAUUUAGUUCUGUUACUGUAUCAACAAUUGAUGAAGAAGAAGAUGAAAUUGAAGCUCGAGAAGUGGCUGAUUCUUAUGCAAAUAAUGCUCGAAUAAUUGAAAAACAAUUAGAAAGAAAAGGCAUGACAAAAAGAAAAGCAAUGCCACCACCUGAGAUAGAUCCAAUUAAGAGAACACGGCCACGGGGCACAUUAUUGGACGUUUAAUUGUUUUUAACAAAGGGAUUGGACGAAUGUUACCUGGGAUUACCUUAUCCAUUGUUGUUGCUACACUAGUAACAAAACACUUUCUCUAUGUAGUUUAAAACUGAAACAUUCAAAUUCGAAAGGGUAAAAACGAUCUUGUUUAUUGUACUUACUAAGGUCAUUCUCUAAUGUUACAAUAGAAAAUAAAGCUUAUUUUAAUGAACUUUAUUAUAAUGAUAAACAUUAUUCGUAUAACUCUCUCUUGUCUAUGCUAAAAUUUUGUUAUUUAUUCGAUUAAAUUGAACUAA